AAAGGUAGGUCCCCCGUUCCCAGAUGCUCCCAACCCCGACAAACUCCACAAAAGGACCUUCUUGUGCACGACAACGCCGCUUUCCACCCAGUUUCAUAGCGUGUCCCCUAAAUGGAUUCCAAACCCCAAUCUCCUCAAACCCUAACCCUAUCCCUCUAAAACCCCAGAUCGUUUCCAAACAAAAUUCAAUCCAAUCCAAUGGAAAACUACGCGUACUCGUCCUAUCCGGAUUCCGGAGACUCCUCCCCUCUCUCCCGAGAAAUCGAAUGCGAAAACUCGUCGUGGGACGAGCCGCCGCAACAGGCUUCUUCUUUAAACUACAAAGUGAAAUUCAUGUGCAGUUACGACGGGAAAAUCCAGCCCAAGCCAUACGACAACCAGCUCGCUUACGUUGGCGGCGAGACCAAGAUCCUAUCCGUCGAUCGUACCAUCAAAUUCUCCGCCAUCAAGUCAAAGCUCUCGUCUCUAAUACCUGAUGUUGAUGCUGUUUGCUUCAAGUAUCAGCUUCCAGGUGAAGAUCUUGACGCUUUGAUCUCCGUCACCAACGAUGAGGAUCUCGAGCACAUGAUGUCGGAGUACGACCGCUUGUACCGCGCCUCCGCUAAGCCCGCCAGGCUCAGGUUGUUUCUAUUUCCUUUGUUAAACCCUAAUGCUGCUCCGGAUACGGCUCCGGCCCUGGCGAGCUUCGGCUCUUCGCAGCGGCAGCCGAAAUCGGAGCGCCAGUGGUUCGUCGACGCUUUGAAUUCAGUGCAGAUCGACGGUUCCUCACCGCCGGGGAAUCCGGAUUUUCUCUUUGGAUUGGACAAGGGGUUUCCCCCGACGAAGUUACCGGAAUCGGCUCCCCCGCCAACGGUUACGGACGCGGCGACGAAGGACGUAUCGUUCGGCUCCGAUUGCGGAUCGGAGGAUCGGCACCUGGUUGGCGAACCGGCGAUCUCUCCGACGGAGAUCCAGAGGCAAAUCCAUGAACUGCAAAGAUUGCACAUUGCUCAUAACGUCCACGAGCAGACCGUAUUCCAUAGAAAAAGCGACGAGGGAAACCCUAGGGCAUACGCUGCCGGAGACUUCUACGCACAGAAAGUUCCAGAGAAAAUCACACCGGCGCCCGCGACACAGAUCCCGGUGCCGAUACCAGUGAAUCUUACGGGGAAUUACUUUCCGGAGAGGGUCAUGACCACCGGAGGGGGCUAUCAUCCCGUCUCGGCUACUGGAACGGACCAUCACCAGCCGGUGUAUCUGAUUCCCACACCAACUGGAGUCUAUCAAGCCGUACGACCGAUGACCGGCCCAAUCGGUCAGGCAUACUACGGGGUUCAGAGGAUGGUUCAAGAGGCGUACCGGGAACAGCCGGUAUACAAUGCAGUGCCUCAGCAGCAGCAGCCAAAGGUUGUCGGGGGAGCUUAUAGUACCGAGGGGAAUAGUCAGAUGGUGCAGCAGCCAACCGAGCCCGGGUACACGCAGGUCUAUUACACGACGCAGGGAGGGGUUAUGUCCGGCUAUCAGACGGUCGCGGUUGAUGCUAGACAAGGUGGCGGCGGUUUGAAUCAGGAGGGUAAGGCUAUUGCCAAGACCUCUGCUGUGUGAAUUGUGUUUUGGUUAUUAAUCUAUACUCUAUUAUUAUUAUUGUCGUUAUUGUUAUUAUUCUUUUUCAUAAGUGGAGCUUAAAUAAAAGGAAUUAAGGAUUUAUUUAGGUUUUGGUGAA